AUUUACGAUAUAAUUAAAACUUGACGCUCACAAAUCAAGUUUUAACGAUUAUAUUGAUACAAACAAUACUGUGCUCUAUCACCAGGCGUUAGAGGCGGAAGCUCUACAGCACAGCGAGGAGCUGGCCGCCGCAGAACGCGCGAGACGUCAAGCCGAAGCAGAACGAGACGAUCUACUCGACGAACUGAACAACACAUCCGCCAAGAGCACACUUCUCGUAGACGAGAAGAAGCGUCUGGAGGCGCGGAUAGCGGCCCUCGAGGAGGAUCUGGAUGAGGAACAGUCCAACAAUGAAUUGCUCAACGACAGACUCAGGAAAUCACAGAAUCAAAUCGACCAAGUGACGAUGGAAUUGGGUACGGAGAAGGCGGCCACACAGAAGUUGGAGAGCAGCAAGCUCGUGCUGGAGAGGCAGAACAAGGAGCUGAAGGCGAAGCUGGCUGAAUUGGAGACGGCCACCCGCACCAAGACCAAGGGCAUGAUCACGUCGCUGGAGCUGAAGGUGGGCAACCUGGAGGAGCAGCUGGAGGCGGAGUCGCGCGAGCGCCUGGCGCAGCAGAAGGCCUCGCGCAAGCUCGACAAGAAGAUGAAGGAGCUCGCGCUGCAACUGGACGAGGAGCGCCGCCACGCCGACCAGUACAAGGAGCAGAUCGAGAAGAUGAACGUGCGCGUGAAAGCUCUGAAGAGGCAGCUGGACGAGGCGGAGGAGGAGGUGCAGAGGGAGAAGGUCGGCAAACGCAAGGCGCAACGCGAACUGGAGGACAUGCUCGAGACGCACGAGCAACUGGCCAGGGAGUGCAACAAUCUGCGCAACAAACUCCGGCCUUCUCUGUCUGACGUCGAUAGCGACUAAGCGGCACCAACCGGCGGAAAACGGCAGGGCGGCGGCAUCGGGCUGUCGAGCGCGUCGUCCUCCUCCCGCAUGAAGCGCACGUCGCUCGCGCCCGGCGCCGGCGCCGGAUCCGGCGACGAGUCCUUCGACGACGUCAACGACACCACCAACAGCGUCGAGUGACGUCACCACCACCACCACGCGACACCGACUCAUUACCCACGUUACAAUACACGCGCACGCCCCGCCUUUGUAUCUGUCUAAGUAUUCUUUUGUCUAUGGUUUUGCCGAGUCUUUCUCAGCUGUUGUUCCGAUUGAUUUUUAUCUAUUAAUAUUUCGAUGUUAUGAAAAUUAUGUAUGUUUUAUUAUUCACUAUUUAGAGAGCGUGUUCCGAUAUUGAAGUGCCAAUUUUUCUAAUGGAGCUCUUAUCUUUAUUUAUGCAGAAAAUUGUGAGAUGUAUUACUUUUUCCUUCUGAUUUCGUAAAAUGUUUCUAUUGAUAUUUAUAAAUUACGACGUUAUUAAUGGUAGAAAUUAUAAAUGAAUUAGUAUAUUUAAAAAAAUGGCAAAUUCAUUGGUAAAAGAUCUCGUUCGAACGGCUAAUCAGUGCGGCAGCAGAAGUUCUAUUAUUUUAUACCAACAAGAAUACAAAAGCCAGUAGCUAUCAUUAUUAUAUAAAGGAAACUGUUGCGUCUUCGCUAAUGAGCCGCCUCGAACAUUAAUAUAAAACAUAUUGCGACUGUAUUCGUUGAAGUUAUGAUUCGUUAAACAAACCAUAUUUGGCGCAUUUGCGUUUACAACACUCGAGUGUUCUAUUCCAAGGCAGUAAAAUUCUUUUUCAUCUUAAUAUUUUUCUCACAAACUACUUUACAGAAGACAGUCGUGAUAUAGUAUUUUCUUAUUACAUUAAUCGUCAAGUUACAAAUAUAAAAAAGUUUAAAAAUUGAUAAGUUAACGUUUCUCGCUUUGCAUCGGCCAAAAUGAUUAAAUCUUUAGACUAAGAUUCAUAUGUGAAAGUUCGAGGCCCCUUAAAAUAUAUAAUUGCUAAAUAAGAUAUAAGAGCAAACGAUUCAGUUUCACCAUCCAUUUGAAUGGCUCGUAUUUGACAUUUGUAAUGGAUUCAGGUCGCUGAAGAAGUACUCUUGUUACCGCUAAGUAUAAUAAUUUCAUAUUACUUUUAUUAUUUCAUAAUAUUCUUUUCUGUAAUGUUUAUCGUGUGAGUAUUUCUUCAAUGAACCAUGUUAUACGUCAUAGGCUCGUGCUGAUAUGGUAUUGUGUAAUGCGGUGGUGACUUAAAAGUUGUAUAAAAAUGGACUUUGGCUCACUCAUUAGUAGGUUUAAAAUGUUUAUUGCAAUUGUAUAUGUAUAAUGAACAUGUUGUUUGUUGGAACACCGUUAUAAUCUUGGUUUACUCGGAUAUUGGUAUGAUUUUUAUUUAUAUCUAAUAAUACAUCGGUCGUGUUAAGAUUAUCGUAAUGUGAUUUGUAUUGAACCGUGUUUGUUAUAAAAUAAAUUUUUUAUUUAGUAUCAGCCGCUUUGAGAGUUGUCAAAUAAAAUUUGUGAGCGAACGAAUGUAUUUUGAUAUUGUAAUCGUUUUAACAUUUUUGUAAUAAUCGUCGUUUGAUAUUUUUUUAUUAGCGUCUAAUAAAUAUUCCGUGUACAUGUUUGAUAUAACGACAGGUGCUCAAACUUUUUAAUUAUUGCAUUUGUCAGUCGCAACACCAAUAGUAUCGGGUAAUUGAUGAAUAUAAUUGGAGCUGUAUCGCGAGCCAGUAUUAAUAACGAAACAUUCCUAACAAUGGAGAGUUUUACAUUUUACCAGGACAUAGUCUCGAAAGGGUAAAAUAAUAAAUUACUCAUUGGGUGAUAUUGUAAUGAAAUUUUUUGAUAAAAAGUAAAUUUAUUAACAUAAUCGUGGCAAAAUAGGUCCGUUACAAGUUGAUUUAAUUUUUGCAUUUAAAGCGACUGAAUGGUGAAGACUGUAUUUGCGACGAUACGAACGACUUCCCCCCCACCACCCCUCCCGUUCACGACGUAUUUUUUCGCCGAUAUAUGUUGUCUCACUCGCUCCCACGUCGGUGACAGUGCGAGCAAUACCAACAUGUAAAUAUGAAUCAGUGUCGGUCACUGAACGCUUUGUUGCCAUACAAAAUGUAAUGAUAGUUGUUAAGUAAGGACAUGUAAGCUUCGGUGUAGAGGAUGCGGGACAGAGCGUGUACGAACGAGUGCGUGUCUCUCGGAUUAACGAUAAAUCAGUACAAAUUCGUUGUAACUAGUGUACGGUGGCGGCAUCUCGUACGCUCCGCCCCGCGAUCCUCGCUUUUGUUUUUAAACGUAUCAUUUCAUCUGUCCACCCCCAAAUCUGUACUCUCGCUAUUUCAACAACUUCGCAUGUGUAAAUACACCUUGGAGGUGGUUCAUGUAAAUUUUGUUUACAUUAUUAUAACGAAAAUGGUAUUAUUCUCUAUCGCCAGACGGAAGGUAUCGAAGGGCUAGAAUAUGGCUUGCUUUAUUCUAGACUUAGGUAAAACUCGUAGUAAUAAAGCGUGGCCUUAGUUUUAUAUUAUGGACUUGUGUGUAUCUAACGUUUCUGUCUUUGUGCCGAAGGCCUAAAAAGUAAAAAAAAAAAACACUGCAUCUUGUACGAACAUUUUUUUUUAUGAAUAUUUACCAAGUCUAAUUAUUAUAAUGACCUCUUUUUAGUUAUAUAGUUUUUCUGAAUAAUAAUAUAAAAUUUAAAUGUAAGUAAACCAGCAUAAACCUAUUUUACAUAAAUAUUAUAUUUAAUUAUUAACAAUAUUGAUAAUUGUAAAAUUGGCCAUAGGUUGUAACAAGUUAUCAGUUGGUAUGCCAAUUAAACAAUUUUUCAUGAUUUUU